AUGCCGUACAAUACCCGUCGCAAGUCACUCUCCCUCCCAUCACUAGGCAUCCAUCUCCCCAACUCGUCACGUCGUUCCUCCCCCGGCUCAAAAGCUGCGUCAACUGAAGAUCACCCCGCCAAAAAAGUCAAGCGGUCGCAUACUUCAUUAUCGCCAGAGCCAUCUACGGAGAAGGCUUCUUUCGUGCGCGCGGGUCGACACGGAGCCUUUGAACACACCCCACCCCCCUCUCCAUUAAAUGGUGGCAUUGCGCCUAAGAUUGAUACCGAGGGAAUCAACGAUGAUAUUGUGGUUGCCGUGAUCGAUCAGUUGGAGAAGACUGGGAAUCGUCCUCAUCUCGUCAAGGAGCUGGCUGCCGUUUUAGUGUCACUGAAUGCGACUGUCACCAACUCUGCGAAUCCCGCUGCCCUCCUGUCCUCUAGACUGGCAGCUUACAUGAAGCGACCUUGGACUGCCCUCGCGCCUUGUCCCGUCGCCAAAGAACUUAUUUUAAUUCAUCCACGAAAAGUGUAUUAUUAUUUGACGACCUUUCCUCGUCAGCCUAUUCCUGAAAAUGACGACUUUAAUGUUGCCAUUGACGGCAAGCACAUUACUCCCAGCGUCUCUAGCUUGGAUGAAGAUGAAGACGAUAUGGUUUCCCGCCAACGCAGUCCCAGCCCCGAAGUCGAUCUCUCCCCCAACUACGGAGAUGAAGAAGAUAUCGACUUGGAUAGCUCUACUAGCCAUGGUUCCUCCUCCGAUCAGUUCCCUGACCCGUCUAGUCGUUCUCGCCUGAUGCACUCAAAUCGUGCUGCCUCCCCGCCCCUGGAGGGCGAUGAGAAGGAAUUCACCCAGACCGCCAGUGCCGUGCGUGAGCGCGCAUCGGAAGAGAAGGCUAGCCGGGAUCAAUCGGCCGAACGGAGUCUCUCCAUUCUUUCCGAAGGUCUCAACUCCAUGAAUGACAGUAUGAGCAUCGACUCCCCUAUAAAUGGUGGAUCGAUGUCUCCUUCCAUCCAUGGCGAGGAGGAAUUUAAUGAUUAUUUCUCACACAUGAACGCUACCGAUAACGAGGCUCAAGACUUGGAUGAGGCAGCUGCCGCCACUCUUUUCGGCACCUCGCCUUCGCCUUCUCUCACUUCCAUUGCAUCAUCCGUCUCGUCUGGAACGAGCGUCGAUGAUGCCGGUAUUGAUUGCGAGGAAAGGGCUGGCCCUCUUCCAGCUGCUCCCCAGAUCAGCCUUCCCACUGAUAUGGAUGCCGCGCCCGUUUCAACUCUCAAGCGCUCUCUUGAUAUGUUGAACAGCGGGUUCCCCGAUGUGGACUUGAAGAUGUCGGAUCUGACUGAAUCACACGAGAAGCUCAGCCUCGGUCCUCGGGCCUUUGCCCACAUGGAUACCGACACUGUCUUUGCUUCCGAUUCUUGGCGAGAAUUGCAAAACCCGGAGACCGUUGAGGUCGAUGAGCUUGAUGAAAUGUUUGGCGAAAUCUAA